UAUAAACAGUAUUUAUUCAUUAUCAGUCAUAGUGAUCCAUCCACUGCCUGCUCCUUUCUCUGGAUUCUCAGGAUUUGUUGGAACACUUAAACCAUCAUGUCAGAAUGCCCAAUGCUCUCUGGUGCAGAAGGGGAAAUAAAAAGAAAAGAAGAUGAAGAAAAAUGGAAAAAAGACAAAGGUAUAACAUUGAGUAACCCAGGACUCAGUGCUGCCAGUGAUGUUGCAGAAGAUGAGAGAACCUUUCCCACUAGUCCACCUGAAGCCAUACUCGUCACUGCUGAACUCUCCUCUCUUAUAUUGCAUUUCAAGGAACCAACUAUAAUCGGAGAUGGAGCCACAAUAACUGAGUAUAAAGUCGAAUACAAGGAAAAAGAUGAAAAGCAAGAUGGGAGGUGGCUGGAAUAUAGAUCAGGAAGGAAAGUAGAAUUUUGUAUUAUUGAGGGGCUAAAGCCAAUGACAUUUUACACAUUACGUGUGUCAGCCAUAUGUGGUGACUCUGAGGCCAGUGCUCCCAGUGAUGAGAUUGUAAUUAUGACAAAAAAGGAAAGAUCCUAUUAUGACAAACAUCAACAUAUUAAAGAAAAUAUGCUUACAAAGGGAACAGAAGAGGGAAAUCCCUCCAUAUAUCAGCUGAACACAGAUCUUUGUGACUCUGGAUAUCGUAAGUACAGUUUGGGAAAAGAAAACCUACAGAUACAUAAUAAAGUUAUUCUAUUAGUAGGAGCUACAGGAUCAGGGAAAACAACCCUGAUCAAUGGGAUGGCCAACUAUAUCUUGGGUGUGGAAUGGAAAGAUGACUUUAGGUUCAAACUUGUACACGAGGUUACAGGUAAAUCUCAAGCUCACAGCCAGACCUCUCUAGUUACAGCCUACAAGAUGAACCAUGAAAGUGGCUACCAAAUACCGUAUUCCCUCACUGUUAUAGACACACCAGGGUUUGGAGACACACGGGGAAUAGAGCAGGACAAGAAGGUCACAGAGGACAUCCAUGCAUUUUUUACAGCGGACAAUGGCAUUGAUCAGAUAGACGCUGUGUGCUUUGUAGUUCAGGCAUCUUUGGCUCGGCUGACACACACCCAGAAAUAUAUUUUUAAUACUGUUUUUUCAAUCUUUGGGAAAGAUAUCAGAGACAACAUACUGAUCCUGAUCAACUUCUCAGAUGGAGCAAAACCUCCAGUACUGGAGGCCAUAAAGGAUGCUGACAUCCCCUGCCCUGUGGACAGUAAAGGUGACCCCGUUCACUACAAAUUCAACAAUUCAGCUCUAUUCGCUUGCAAUCAGGCCAGUAACAUGAGCUUUGAUGAGAUGUUCUGGAUGAUGGGGGAGCAAAGUAUGAGAACAUUUUUCAGCUAUCUGAGUAAAAUAGAAACAAAAAGUCUGACUCUGACCAAGGAAGUCCUCAUGGAAAGGAAACAACUUGAGAUUACUGUUCAGGCCUUACAGCCACAGAUAACGGCUGGGCUAAUGAAACUGGAUGAAAUCAGAAGGACACAGGAAGCUCUGCAGCAGAACAAGGACCGAAUGGCGGCAAAUGAGGACUUUGAGUAUGAGGUCACCAUUACUGUUCCAGUACAAAGAGACAUUACAGGCAGCUUCAUAACCAACUGCCAGCAAUGUCACUUUACCUGUCACUAUCCCUGUCAGAUUGCUGAUGACAAAGAGAAAUCUGGUUGUUAUGCUAUGUCGAAUGGAUACUGUAGAGAAUGCCCAGGUAAAUGUAUCUGGAAUGUUCAUUUCAAUCAGAAGUAUAAGUGGGAGUAUGUGACCCAAACAGAAAAAAGAACAUACGAUGAGUUGAAAAAAAUUUAUCAAGAAGCUUCUGGAGAGGUGAUGGAUGGAGAAAAGCUGUUCAAUAAACUAAAUGAGGAAUAUAAUAAUGUGAAAGUAGUUGUGUUUGGUCUUAUUGACCAGUCCUCCAAGAGUCUGAAGCGCCUCCGUGAAAUUGCUUUGGUACCAAACCCUCUGUCAACCACAGAACACAUUGAUCUGAUAAUACAGAGUGAGCAACAAGAAGCCAAACCAGGAUAUCAGGAGAGAAUCCAGUCCCUGAUGGAGGUCAGACAGCAGGCAAUGUUGUUAGAGAAGAUAGAGAGGGGGGAAGAGCUGCUGCCUGAUGAGCAGAAAAGCUAUUCCAUAAUGGUUAUGUUUAAUGCUGUCAAGGAUAAAGCUAAAAAAGCUACAAAAACAGUGCUUUCCUUCUUCAGUAAAGAAAAAACACAAGAGACAUCACAUCAAAAGUAAUUAUUUGGAGAAAAUAUCAAUAGGAUGGCACCUACAUUCUAUCAUUUUUGAAUCUAUAAUAAUUUCUAAUCUAUAUGUAUUUUAUUUCCUAUAAUAUUGAUUCUAAUGAUUUUUGUCUCCCUAUUUUCGGAACAGACAAUUGUAAUAUGUUGUAUUUUGGUUAUAUUUUUAAGACAUCGCAAUGGUUUUAUUCAAAAGUACUCAUCAGCGCAUUAACCCUUUAAUUACAUGUUUGUAGAUAAACGUUAUAAAUAUGGAUGUCAUUAA